AUGACUUUUGUGCAAAGUACACAAUCAAGUGAUAUUGUAUCANCAAGAACUAAAGUCUCCGAAUUUCAAAAACAUGAAGAAUUAACAAAGAAACAAACAAAAGAAAUUGGUGAAACAUCGAAAGCAAUUUUAGAGAAAAAGACUCAUAAAUCUUCAAAUCCUCGUUCAUCUUUAUCAACAUUGAAUAAAAGUAAAAUAAGACCUGGAUCAAAUCAAGAAGAACAUUCAAAUUCUACAUCUAAUACUCAACUAUCAUCUUUUGAAAGACCAUUAAGAGAAAGACUUAUUCAUCUAUUAGCUGCAAGAACUUAUAAAAAACCUGAUCUAAUCGCUCGAUUGAAAACUGAAGGAGGAAUUCGUGAUGAAGAUAAAGAUCAAUUAGAUGUAAUUUUAUCAUCAAUUUCUACUCAAUUAAAAACAGGAGAAUAUAUUCUUCAAAAACAUCUUUUAACAACUGGUGAAAUCAAUUAUGAUUGGCCUUUUUAUCCAAAAGGAGAAGCGAAUAUUGUUCGAAAAAAAAUCAAAGAAGCUCAAAUGAAUUCAGCAAGAUCAACUCUAACUAAAACAAAUAAUGAAUUCGAAUUCGAAACCUUUGAUAUCAAAUUCAAUUUCAUCAAUAAAAAGCAAAUCAACAGUGAAUAA